UUAGGUUACUAAUGUCAAAGUACAUUGUUGAAAAAAUCUUGUUCAACUGAGUUUCGCCGGCAAUUAAGUUAAAUAAUAAUCUGACAAAACAUUACCAGAAUGGCUGCAAAGUAUAAAAUUGUUAUGAUCCGCCAUGGCGAGAGCGAAUGGAAUCAGAAAAAUCUUUUUUGCGGGUGGUAUGAUGCUGACCUUAGUGACAAGGGUCGCGAAGAAGCAGUGUCUGCUGGCAAGGCUUUAAAAGCUGAAGGUUACAAAUUUGAUGUAGCCCAUACAUCAGUUCUUAAACGAGCUCAAAUUACUUUGAACAGUAUUCUGCAAGAGAUAGGUCAGACUGAUAUUCCAAUAAACAAAACAUGGCGUCUGAACGAGAGACACUAUGGUGGACUUACUGGUCUCAAUAAAGCUGAAACAGCUGCUAAAUAUGGUGAAGCUCAGGUACAAAUUUGGCGCCGAAGCUUUGACAUUCCUCCACCUGCAAUGGAAAAAGAUCAUCAAUACUAUGACACCAUUGUUAAUGACCCCCGUUAUGCUGGUGAUCCGAAACCUGAGGAGUUCCCCAUGUUUGAGAGCUUAAAGCUCACCAUUGAAAGGACUCUGCCUUAUUGGAAUAAUGUUAUUGUUCCUCAGAUUAAAGAGGGCAAGAAAAUCAUCAUUGCUGCUCAUGGCAACAGUCUUCGAGGCAUUGUCAAGCAUUUAGAUGAUCUGUCCGAUGCUGCCAUUAUGGAGUUAAAUCUUCCAACUGGCAUUCCAUUUGUGUAUGAAUUGGAUGAGAACAUGAAGCCUGUUGACUCUAUGGUGUUCCUCGGAGAUGAAGAGACAGUUAAGAAGGCUAUGGCAGCUGUAGCCGCUCAAGGAAAAGCCAAGUAAACAUUAAACUGAAUGUAAUUACAUAAUUGAUAAUAGUAAAUGUUUAUUGUACACAUGAUGAGAUUAAUGAAACCUACAAAUGUUGUAAUAAAAUUGAAUAGCUACAAAAUAAUGCUAUGUUAAAGUUCAUUAAAAUAUUUAGGUGUUAUCUCGUGUUUUGAUGACCGAGUAAAAAUUUUUUUUUUUGUUAUAAUUUAUUUACUAUUGAAUCUCUUGGCGAUGACUGUCAUUGAAUAUAAAAUUUAUUUCCUUGGUCAUAAAAUUGGUCAAAUUUGCUUUUUGUUUCUUAAUGUAAUAUUAUUAUAAUACAGAUUUGUGUGAAGAAUUUUAAUGGCUGGCCAUAUGCUAAGAUGUUUCGUUACCAAGUAAUUUAUUAAGAAGCUAUUUAUUGAUAGUGUGCUUAUUUUAUAAUAAAACUGUUAUGAAUAUA